GCGAGCGGCUCGGGCUGGUGCGCGGCCGGGUGACAGCAGCCUGGCGCGAGCCCACGCUGACGACAGCCGCUCCCCCGCGCGGUUGCCAUGGAGACGGGCGAGCGCGGCGGCGGGGCUGUCAGCGCGCGCGGCGUCCGCGCGUCCGCGGGGGUCUGCAGGAGGAAGGCGGAGGCCGGGGCCCGGACCCUCGCGGCAGACAUGGACUUGCAUUGUGAUUGUGCUGCCGAAACUCCGGCCGCCGAGCAGCCGUCGGGGAAGAUCAAUAAAGCUGCUUUCAAAUUAUUCAAGAGGAGGAAAUCGGGUGGCACCAUGCCCAGCAUAUUCGGGGUCAAAAACAAAGGGGACGGGAAAGGCUCGGGGGCGCCGGGCAUGGUGCGGAGCAGGACCCACGACGGGCUGGCAGAGGUGGCGGUGCUGGAGAGCGGCCGCAAGGAGGAGCGGCGCGGCGGCGGGGACUGCGGGGGCCGGCCGGCCCCGGGGCCCCCCAGGGCGGCUGCGCCCGGCCUGGGCGCCCUGGCCGGCGGCUCGGUGGCCAAGUCGCACAGCUUCUUCUCCCUUCUGAAGAAGAACGGGAGACCCGAAAACGGCAGAGCCGAGCCGGCGGACGCGAGCAGGGCCGGCGGCAAACAAAAGAGGGGGCUGAGAGGGCUCUUCAGCAGCAUGCGCUGGCACAAGAAGGACAAGCGGGGCAAGGAGGGCAAGGAGGGGCGCGCGGGCGCCCCGGGCAGCCUCAUCCUGCCGGGGUCGCUCACCGCCAGCCUGGAGUGCGUCAAGGAGGAGCCGCCCAGGGCCGCGAGCGAGCCGGGGAGCCCCCGCGGGGACGCGCGCCCGGACCCAGCAGGUGAGCCCGCGGGGGGAGAGCCGGGGCCGGCGCCCCCCGGCCGCCAGCCCGCCAGCCCCGGGGGCCCCGCCGCCCCGGGCGCGCGGGGAGAGGACGCCCCGCGCGCAGAGAAGCCCCAGGCGCCCCCCGAGCCGGGCUGCGGCGAGGGCCCGGCGGCCGAGGAUGCUUCCAGGACGGGGGACGUCCCGAUAACGACCGUCCCCCUUGUCGACUCCGAAAGCGGCAGCGGCCGGGCGUCUGCCGUCCCCGACCCUUCCUCGGUCGACCCGCCCUCAGACCCAUCGGCCGAUCGUAUUUGUUUGAUGUUCUCUGACGUGACUUCACUGAAAAGCUUUGACUCUCUUACAGGCUGUGGAGAUAUUAUUGCAGACCAAGAGGACGAGGCAGGUCCCAGCUGCGACAAGCAUGCCCCCGGGCCAGGCAAGCAGGUUCUCUCUAAAAAGAACCCCAGCGUGGUGGCCUACCAAGGAGGAGGGGAGGAGAUGGCGAGUCCGGACGAGGCGGACGACACCUACCUCCAGGAGUUCUGGGACAUGCUGUCCCAGACCGAGGACCAGGGGCAGGGGCCCCCAGACGCGGCGGCCAAGGCGGCGGCAGCCCCGGAGGCCAAGGUGGUACCCGAGGCCUCCAGAGACGCCAGGGGCGCAGAAGGGGCCAAGGACGCAUCCUCGGCCAAGCACAGGAGGGUCAACCGGAUUCCCACGGAGCUCCGCUCGAAGGAGGAGCCUCACCACGUGGAGAAAGAGCAGCAGGAAGGCAUCCCCAACAGUGACGAGGGCUACUGGGAUUCCACCACCCCGGGCCCCGAGGAGGACGGCACCAGCAACGGUAAGAAGGCGGCCAUCGCCCGGGACAGCUACAGCGGCGACGUGCUCUACGACCUCUACGCCGAUCCAGACGGUAGCCCAGCAGCCCUGCCGGCCAACGAGGAGACGUCCUGCUUGUCCCGGUUAAAGCCUGUGUCUCCAGGCACCAUCACCUGCCCACUGCGAACACCAGGCAGUCUGCUGAAGGACUCUAAAAUCCCCAUCAGCAUCAAGCACCUCGCGAACCUUCCAGCCAGCCAUCCGGUGGUGCACCAGCAACCAGCCAGGAGUGAGUUGCCCAGAACAAAAAUCCCAGUUUCCAAAGUGCUGGUCCGCAGGGUCAGCAACCGGGGCUUGGCUGGGACCACCAUCCGGGCAGCGGCGUGCCACGACAGUGCCAAAAAGUUGUGAAGUCUCGCAAGCCAAGGUGGACAAACCGCAUGUCCAGGAAUACAGUUUUCCCUGGACACCACUAACAUGAGUUUUGCUUCCCCUCAAGAAAGGCUUUUGGGACCAGCCCUGCCCAGUAGCCUCGACCAAGGAUGUCUUGUGCUGUCAACAGGGGCAGGAUACACUGAAGGGGGGUGCCACGCAUGGGCUUCUCCUCUCAAGAUAAGUCCCAGAUAAUUAUUUCCAAGGACUUUUCUUUUUUACCUUUAAAAAAAAUACUCUUGCUUUCUUUCUUUCCUUUAUUUUAUUUUUUUCUUUUGAUGCACUGAACACUUCUUGGAAGUCACCUUUACUUGCCUUUGCAGAAAAUAGGAUCUAACCAAACCUAAGUAAGCAGCACGCCAGGUGCAGAAGGCCUGGAGGGAACACUGGGGGAGCCCUCCUCUUCCAUGGUACUUUGCUUCCUUCCUUCCUUCUUGUCCUUUCCCUUUCCAGGAAAAAAAAAAAGUGGGGGGCGGGGGGGCGCUUUUCUGUAUCACUGUGUGGAAAACACCUACAAAGCUGAAAAGCCAGGUAUUGUACCUGAUGAGCAGAGGGGAUCACUGAUUGGAAGAAAACUUGCCUGCUUCAGUUGCUAGGUGUACAAAUAGGGAAAUAACCUACCACUGGGACAAUAAAGGAGAGUUGGGGUUUGGUUGGUUUAGGUCAUUUGGGGAGAAAGAAAAAGCUCAGUAGAGCAGAUUUGUCCUUUUUUUUCUUCCCCCCCUGCCCAGUGAGAAAUUAGGAUCAGGGAAAGAUUUCACUAAAUGCCAAUAGACACAGUAUUUUAGCAUUUAUAAAGUGUAACCUUUUCAUGUGUAGAUAAUGCAUAUUUUAUAGUUUAUCCAGCAGUUAACAUUUUCUAAUCUGUCAGUAACCUCGAGUUUAAAAUCUGGUUUUAUAACUAGAUAUGAUAACUGUCCCCAAACCAUUGAUGUUCUUUUAUGUACCUUAACCUGAAGCAAUUCUGUUUUUGUUUUAUAUGGGUUAUCUGCCUCUAAUGCAGAAAAAACAAGUGUAUUGUGUUGAUGUCCCAAAAGAAUGGUUCUGCCUUGUCUUGGGUAAGAGUCUAUUUAUUUCUUGUCCCCAACUGUGGUUUUCAGAUUUCACUUUGGUUAUAAAAUUUUGGAGUUCAACCAUUCCUCAACAUGGGGAGUCCCAAAUGAGGAACAUAUUAAGAAAAACAAUAGAAAAAUAUAGAUUUUCAUGUCAUUUGAGUUUGGCUUUAUUAAUUUAUGAUUAGGACAGGUAUGUUCAGAAUAUGACACUGGCAAGCUUAUGUAUCAUAAACAUUUUAUGCCAAGAAUUUUUUUUGAUGGUUUACUUAUAUGAAUGUUUUCUAUUAUUUUAGAUGGAACAUUUAUUUCAGAAAGGUUACCAAAUGCCUAGAUAGUAUGAGUGAUAAACUGAAGCAGUUCCUAGAAUGCUAUUAGCAUCUAAUGACUGUAUAAUAUCCUCUUUGAAAUGCUCCUCAGUGUAUUUAAUCAAAAGACCAGAGCUUCUGCUAGGAGAAGGUGUCAGGAAGAUUAGACAUAUUCAAAUGAAACUACACAUAUGUAAAUUGCAUAAACAUGUCUAUGUAACUUGCAUUUUCUAGAGAGAUUGCCUAAGUAAUGAAGUGACAUUACAUGUUUUUAAAGUUUAUUUUCUAUUUUAUAAAGGAAAGAAUAAGGCAAGUAUAUGAAGAUCUAUUUUAAUAAUAAUAAUAUGAAGGAAGGAACAAUAUGAAUGGAUGUCAAGGGAAAACAAAUUUGGGCUAAUAGCACAAAGCAGAUCAUUCUCUAUUUUAAAUCUGCAAUGAUUCAAUUAGAAAAGGGGGAAGGGAUUUGCUGAAUUUAUUAGUCAGAUUAUGGGCUUUUAUUGCAUUGUGUCAGAUCCUUAAUGUUAUUUCAAAGCAGUGUUUUAAUAUUUAAUUUCCUUAUGUCUGUUGAUGAGGUCCUAUAAUCAGACAUAACCUUAAGCACUCUGAAUACACCACCAGGAAUUCAUCAACAACUCAUACUCACAUGUGUUCAUGCACUCAAUUAUGCACAAACUUAAUGGACAAAGGCAUCUACUGUAAACUUGGAAACAUUUUAGAAAUGAUUUCUAUCAUUAGAAAGGAUUUACAUUUUAUUCAACACUGAUAGUACUAUUUAGGCUCAAUGCAUCCAUUUCCCCUAAUGAAUGGAAAGAAACAUAAAUCUUAUUCCUUGUUUUAAAACAAAGGAUCUUUAUUUUCUGCCUGUGCAAUUUAUUGCAAGGGUUAUAUUCUCCUCUGCAUGAAUCCAUGACAAAAUCCUGUUUGAUUAUUUCUUGGACUGUACAGGAAAGUCAAGUGUACCUGAAGGACUGAUAAGAAUAUUGCAAUAGUAAAGUCAAUCUAUCUACUUUAUAAGCACUGGAACAAACUAUUUUUGCUUUCAGGGUUUUGGGACUUAUUUCUGCAUUUACAUCACUAAGCUGUCUUCUUUUUGUAAGUUAAUGAAAGUGUCUGUAAAGUUUACUUAUUUUCCCUUGCUUUUCAAUUAACCAGUUGUACAAGAUUUUAAAUAUUUUCUAUUUUUAUUCUUUUUCUGUGUGUUUUUCAUGUUGUUUUCCCCUAUGUCUUUAAGAAUUCCACCCACACCAAUCAAAUGAAGGAUUCAGGUGAUGAAUUAAAUAGCCUCAAUCACUCAAUGAGAAAUCAGGAGCAAUGCGGGAAAAGUGUCUUAAACUUUUCCCAGCCACAGACAAGGGAUCAUAGUUGCUUUUUUGUGUCAAGGGCUACUACUUUUUCUUAUUCAUGUCCAUAGAGAUUAUUUUUUAGUAUUUUAAUAGUGUUACAUUCCAAUUAUUAUUAAUGAAUUAUCUAAUUUGGCCAUAAUUGCUGAUUUUUUUUUUAAGGAAAGGAUGGAAUAUGGCUAAUGACACCUUUCCUGUGUAUGUGUGAUUCUGAGAUACUUGAUUCAUUAAGUCACUUCUGUCAAAGAGCAGGCCAAACGGGAGAGGAAAAAGUCAAAUCACUUGCUGGCCCUGAAUUUACCGGUCAAUUUAAUAGCUUUGCACAAAGACAGCCUGAUUUUAAAAUCUCCAUUACACAGACAAUAUUACUGAAUCACUGUACUUCAAUACUAAUGGUGGUUGAUGCUUUUAUUCCAUUUCUCCAAGGAGAAAUGUUACUACAGCAUUGUGAAUAAUAGGAGGAAAAAGCUGUUUAUUAUUUCACCUAAUAACAACGAGGGAAUAAGAACGUUAAGGACUUCCUUUAGAUACAUUUUCCACAAAUUAUCUGCCUAUUUAAAUACAAAGUAUUUAACAUCUAAGAAAGUGAUGAUUUACUGAAAGGGUUUAUUCAUUAAUUUCAAAGUAGUUUGCAAGUAUUUGCACUUAAAUGAACAUUCAGAUAACCUUCUGCUUGCACAAUUGUCAAUGUAAAAAGACUUUAUUAGGUAUCAAAAUUCCCUUGAGAUUUUUGAGUUUUCACUAUUUACUUCUUUCGUCAGAUUAAUUUUUGGAGACUUUUUACAGCUCAUCUUGUAUGAAGAGAUUGAUUAUGUAGAUCUCUGUCCUCUCCCUUUGUUUCCUCUUGCUUGGUGCACUCAGAUAGCAGUAAGGAGACAGGUCUCAUGAUGGUAGUGGAUUUUGACAUUUGCAUAGUGGAACACACUUCCUGCUUAUAGAUCCUAAAUUAUAACUCUGAACUGGGGGAGGGUUCUUGACUCUGAUCAAGAAGGAAUUCUUGAACAGCUUGGAUGACUGUAGGUAAGGGAGGAAUUCAUUACAGCGAGAGUAGCAGUGAAUGGCGACAGCUCUGUAGGCAGUAGAGAGCAAGGAAGAACAGAGGGAGAGGUCAUUGACCUCCUGCUCAGCAUAGGGCAGAUCCCUUGCCAGCGCCUGAAGCCAGGGUCACGUCGAGUCCAGUGUCCACCUGAAUCUGCACAGUGUGGGAACUAAGCACCUACCACCCCAGGACUAGGGGGGAGCCUCAGAGCACUGGAUGGAGUGCGAUUAUGCUCUGAGCACUUCCCAAAGGCAAAGAAAAGGUUUUUGGACAGGCUACUAAUGAUCUUACAGCUGCAGAUCUGUCCAGGUCACCCAGAUCACGGGAACUUGCAAGCCCAAAUCAGAGUUCCCGGAGGAGAAACCGAAACACCUGGGACCAACCCCGUUUCCCUCUCCUUCUCUAGGCAGACCAAGGGAUGAGCAACACAGUUCUUAAUUCUAUAAACUCAGCCUUAAGAAUUUUCAAUUCAUUACACAUAAAUAUUUAUAAAACAGUUUGAGACCAAAAUGCUGCCAGUGGCAGGCUGGUAUCUCACAUACCUGUGUGGGAAAACAAGAGGCAAGCAUUUACUUUAUUUUUAAAAAGUGGCUGUAACAUUGUCAGAAAGUAAGUAUGGCUCCUCCUCAGGGCAGUCACCCUUCCUGCUCUAAAGACUCUAGGAGGCUGCGUGCAUUGCUUCUCAGAGCCCUUCCACUGGGAUAAGCGUCUAAAGGUGACUGUUGCAACAAUAGCCACUUUAAAGGAACGUUCUUAGCUCCCUGCAGUUAAGGCUUUCAAGGAGGGAUUCUGAAAGAUAGUUUCAUGAUUAUAGGAAGAAGUUCCUUCUCAAACUGAUAAAAGAAGUAUUAAAAUGGUCACAAAGCCUCCAGAACUGAACCUGGACCCAUUUUAUGACUGAUAUGUACUUUAAUUCAAUGCAAUCCAUAUUCAUGGGGUAUAUAUACUAAUA